AUGGACAUCAAGACCUACUCUCAAGACAGACGCCACAUGAUCAAUGUUCAGUACGAACCAGCACUCGUUCCUUCUGGUGCUUCCAAGCAGUAUCAUACGGACUGCCAACAAUUGGAUGAAGCCGAUUCUCUUCUGUUGGGUCUGGAGAAGUCGACAGAUAAGCGGUGGGCACCUGAAACUGUUAGAUCAUCUACCUACAAUUUUGAUGAUUCCGUCGGAAAAGCAGGCGAUGUCUUCGAACCUUAUCCGAUCUCUCGUCCUAGCACAAAGGAGAGUGGAUCUUAUGAUUUGAAAAUGUUUCUUGAUUAUGUCAUGCGUCCACCAACGAUUCCAGAGCCACCACUCUUACCCAUUCCAUCCGAUGAGCCAGAAUCUCGCCAGGCCAAGAAAAGGGUUUUGAAAGAACCCGCUUUUACCCAUGUGCCGAGCACGGCAAGAGCUCCCAAGCGAAGUCGUUUAUCCCAUUCUGUUGAAGACCUUCCGAAAAUCCGGAAUUACCAAGGACAGCAAUGGCAAGAACAGUACCAAGGUCUGCUCGAAUACAAGGCGAAACAUGGACACUGUUGCGUCCCCAACGCAUAUCCACCAAAUCCAGUGCUUGGACGAUGGGUGAAACGUCAAAGGUACCAAUACAAGCUACGCCAGGCUGGACAGCAGUCAACUUUAGUUACACCUCGCCUCCAAGCCUUGGAAAGAAUUGGAUUUGUCUGGGACUCCCAUUCCGCUCUAUGGGAAGAGCGAUUGAAUGACCUCAAAGCCUAUCGACUCGCAAAUGGCGACUGCAAUGUUCCAUCAACCCAUUCUGAGAACAAGCAAUUGUCAACUUGGGUCAAGUGUCAAAGGCGACAAUACAGGCUCUACGGGCAAGGCAAGAACUCCAACCUAACAAAAGAGCGCAUUCGAGCGUUGGACGAUCUUGGUUUUGUAUGGGAUGGUCGAAUGGUUGGAAGCAGCAGGUGUGCUACACGUGUCGCUGAGAUGCGCCGCCCACGAAGUGCCCGAAUCGCAAGAGACUAA